CCCCAAACCUCACCUUUAUAUCCCACUCGAAAACAAGGAGGCAAGAAGGGAGAAGAAGGGAGAAGACGCGAAGAUGUUGAUCAGAAUUCGCAGCAGAGAUGGCCUCGAACGCCUCACCCUCGACAAUCCACAUGCCACAAUCUCCCAACUCAAAACCCUAAUCCAACAGCACCUCCAUAUCCCCAUCUCCUCCCAAACCCUCUCCACCAACCAGAACCUCCUCCUUGCCAAAACCCCAUCCGACAUCGCCCGAUUCACCGACAUGUCCGACCCACAAACCCCCAUCGCCGCCCUUGGCGUCACCCACGGCUCCAUCGUCUACCUCGCCCACGACACCCAACGCACCGUUUCGGGUCCCACUUUCAGCCCCGCUGGCUCCUUCGGCCGCAGGAUGACCAUGGACGACCUCAUCGCCAAGCAGAUGCGCGUCACCCGCCAGGAGACCCCACAUUGCGAGUCCGUCUCUUUCGAUCGCGACGCCGCCAACGCGUUCCAGCACUACGUGAACGAGACGCUCGUCUUCGCGGUGAAGCGCGGGGGGUUUAUGUAUGGGACUGUCGCCGAUGAUGGGGCGGUGAGGGUGGACUUCAUCUACGAGCCACCGCAGCAGGGGACGGAGGAGAAUUUGAUAUUGAUGCGCGAUACCGAUGAGGAGAGGUUGGUGGAUGCGAUCGCGAUGGGGUUGGGGAUGAGGAGAGUGGGGUUUAUAUUCACGCAGACCAUCAGCCAGAACAAGAAGGACUACACCAUGUCGAAUAGUGAGGUGCUUCAGGCAGCGGAGCUCCACGGUGAAAGUGGGCUAAAGGAGUGGGUCACGGCAGUGGUGAAGCUGACGGUGAACGAGGACGACGGUGCCGAUGUGCAUUUCGAGGCCUUUCAGAUGAGUGAUAUGUGCGUUAGGCUGUUUAAGGAAGGGUGGUUCGAGACUGACAUUGGGGAGGAGGUUGAUCCCAAGUUGUCUAGGAUGAAGAAGGAUGUGGUUGUUGGUGUGAAGGAUACUAGGGAGGUCGAUAAUGAUUUUUUCUUGGUUCUUGUUAAGAUCCUCGAUCACCAGGGCCCCCUUUCAUCAACCUUCCCCAUAGAGAACAGGAUCACCCAAGUGACUAUGCGCGCUUUGAAGAAUCAUCUUGAUCGGGCAAAGAACCUUCCAUUUGUGAAGCGAAUUUCAGAUUUCCACCUACUGCUCCUACUUUCCCGGUUUUUAGAUAUCAACUCUGAUGUUCCUGCACUGGCAGAGUGUGUGCAGACACAGUCAGCAGUACCAGAAGGUUAUCAGCUCCUAAUCGAGUCCUUGGCCAGUGCUUGUUGAGAUUAAUGGCAUGCCGUUUUGGAGACUGUUGCAUCCCUAUUAUCCUUUUGGAUGAUUUCAAAACGUGAUGAUGCUGCAUCCAGUUAGGAACUGUGUGUAAUGCCUUUGGACACCAUGCUGGCCACCCCAAACAUUGUUCAUACAAGUUCUAAGUAAAAAUAUGACUACAUACUUUAGCAGUUAAAACUAUUAACUCAAAUCCAAACCUUGUAUUUGCAUCAAAUUUGUCUGGAUAAUUCAAAUUGAGGCCGCUUUUUUAUCAGCUGCAAUCAGAUCGAGAUUGUGAUAUAUGUAUCGUAUCUAAGUUGGUCUUUCUCAGGCUUUACUUAAAUUGAUUAUGUAUGCUCUAUUGGGAAGUAAAUGGGUAUGAAAUUUACUUACAUUUUCA